AUGGACGAACCACUCACCGAUCUCCGAGGCCCAUUGGCCGCCAAAUACACUGCUUCCACUGAGUACAGCAAAAUUGCAGACAACUUCAAGGUCCCUUAUGUCAGCCAGGAUGUUCAAGAGGUCGCGACCAUGGUCAACGGGCUAGAGAAUGGCGCCAAGAAAAAGACCAGCCUCAAAGUGAAAAAGACGACUUACGAAGUCGCCAAGUCGCGCGACCACAUCCGUGUCGACUCGUGGCGGUUCCAUGACUGGGACUACAAGAAACAUGACCUACCGACAUAUGCUCGUGGUCUCUUCACCACCAGAGACAAGAACGGAGCACCAGAGAUCACCACCCGUGGCUACGACAAGUUCUUCAACGUCGACGAGGUCACGGAGACCAAGUGGGAAAACAUCAGGACCAGGACGCAGGGUCCUUACGAACUCACGCUGAAGGAGAACGGCUGCAUCAUCUUCGUCAGUGGUCUUGCCGACGACACACUGCUCGUCUGCAGCAAGCACUCGACUGGCGACCGUAGUGAUGUCGAAACCAGCCAUGCCAGCGCUGGCGAGCGCAGGUUGGAGGAGCAGUUGGCACGCAUUGGCAAGACAAAAGCCGAUCUCGCACGGGAGUUGAGGAGACGGAAUGUCACGGCCGUGGCAGAGCUCUGCGACGACAGCUUCGAAGAGCACAUUCUGGCAUACGGGCCCGACAAGGCAGGCCUGUAUCUGCAUGGCAUGAACCUCAACCUCCCCGAGUUCAUGACUUACCCCUCGCCUGUCGUUCAAAAAUUCGCUGAGGACUGGGGCUUCAUCAAGACUGGCCUGAUCGUCAUUGAUACCAUCGACGAGGUCAAGGCAUUCCUUGAGGAGGUAGCUGAAAGUGGCGCCCACGAUGGCCGCGAUGUGGAGGGUUUUGUCAUCCGUUGCAAGAUGUCUUAUAACCCUGGGCAGCAGCCCUUCCAGGAUUGGUUCUUCAAGUACAAGUUCGAAGAGCCAUAUCUGAUGUAUCGACAGUGGCGUGAGUGCACCAAGGCGAUCAUCGCAGGAAAGCCGCCCAAGUUCAAGAAGCACGUCAAGAUUACCGAGGAGUAUCUUCUCUACGCUCGUCAGCGUCUAGCGGGUGAUCGGGAGCUGGCCAAGCGAUACAACCAGAACCACGGAAUUAUCGCUCUCCGAAACGAUUUCCUCACUUUCAAGAACAUCAAGGGUUCCGAUGCUGCCAACUUUGAGACUUUGCAUGGGGGAGGAGCUGCCGCUGACGUUGAAGGCGAUAUCAUCCUGGUCCCUAUUGCCACCAUCGGCUGCGGAAAGACAACAGUUGGUCUUGCUCUCACUCAUUUGUUUGGCUGGGGUCACGUUCAAAACGACAACAUCACGGGUAAAGCCCGGCCGCCUCGCUUUACCAAGGCUCUUCUCGACAUUCUGGACGAAGGUGUCCCCGCAGUCUUUGCCGACCGCAACAAUGCGCAGAAGCAUGAGCGUAAACAGCUCAUCACCGACGUCAAGAUCCAGCACGCCCGCGCGCGGCUUGUUGCGCUCCACUUCGUUCACAAUGAUCUCGACAAAGUCCGCGAGGUUUGCCGGGAUCGUGUCUUUGCACGAGGCGAUAACCAUCAGACCAUCCAAGCCGCCUCGGAUAUGAACAAGGUUCGCGGCAUCAUGGAGGGAUUUAUCAACCGCUUCGAGCCUUGCGACCCAGAACAGAAGCCCGACUCGGAAUUUGACGACAUCAUCGACCUCGAUCCCGCCGUAGGAAGCAGACAGAACCUGGAAAUUGUCAUCAAGGAGCUUCAUCGCAUGUACCCCAAGUUCAUGCCAAACAUCCCCUCUGCAGCAGAAAUGGACGAAGCCAUCCAAGUUGCCCUCGAAGGCUAUAAGCCUGAUUUGCGCCACGUGAUCCCCGACCGUGGUAACAAGAACAAGAAGGAGCCCAAGCAGAAUGGCCAGCAGCAACAGCAGAAGCAGAAAAAGAAGCCUCUGGAGUACAUGUCCGUCGACAUGACGACCAAGGAUGUGCUCAGCACUCUCGAGAAGGCAUUCGCUGCUGCCGGCCCGGAGCAGUCUCGCUUUUUCAAGCAGCUCCACGGCACACGCCGCGUACAGCCCAAGUUUCAUGUCACUCUGAUGCACAAAGCUGGUGCCAAGGAGAACCCGCAGCUCUGGGACAGAUAUCUGCGCAUCAACGAGCUUGAAGGACCUAACUCUCCGGACGGAAAGCUCGGCGAGAUCGACGUCCAGCUUGAGCGUGUGGUUUAUGAUGAUCGUAUCAUGGCCAUCGUGGUUCGCCUGAUUCCCAGGCCCGGGGACGAGAACGUCAACCCCGAUGGCAGCGAGCCCGCAGAGCCGAAGUGGAAGUGCACAAACCGUGUUGCGCAUAUCACUGUUGGAACGAGAGAUGAUAAUGUCAAGCCCAAGGAAAGCAAUGACUUGCUUGCCAAGUGGUUGGAGCAUGGUACGGGAGCGGAGACCGGUAUCUACGACCUGUUGAUCGAUGGUAAGCCCACGUUGCAGGGAGUUGUGAGGGGGAUCCUCUCGAGAUAG